GCAGAUCGAUAUAAAAUGGCAUCAAGCUAUGGAUCACUUGCCAAGCAGGCCAUUGUGCUGCUAGAUCAAUUCAGCUCUGGCAGACAGUGUGUGGAUGAAUUUAUGGAGGAUGCUUCAAAAAACCUGCAGCACAUGGAUAGUCUGCAGAAGAAAUUCAUACUUGAUGUCGUUUCUGGAUGCAUUGAGCACAAAAAAUUGCUGGACGUAGUUAUCAAUGUUUUCUAUGGCCAGAAUGGGAAAUGUUUAUUAAGAGGUGAUCGCAGCCAGUUCAUCGCUAUCUGUUACCUUGCCAUAUUUUCUCUUGAUGAACUUGGACUUCAGCAUUUUAGCAAUAUUGUCAAAUCUCUGGACAUCAAGAAGAUGCACACAUUCCUUACUUUCUUCUUCACAAAUCUCACCACCUGGAUACAAGAUGAGUGGAGUAGUAUCUAUGAUGCAGCCUAUGUGGAGAAACACUGGGUUGGCCCUCUGCUAAGAUGGCGCCCUGAGAUGGAUAUUCUCACAGACCAACUUGCUGUCAAAAUAUCCCGUGGAAGUCAGGUCAAGAAAGCUCCAACCAAAACUACCAAGCCCCAGGAGUUCUCUCUCACCAAACCAAAACCUCGAGCUCUGCCUAUGCCUGAACUCAUCCCACUGCAGGAAAAAACAAAACCAGUGCCAAAUAGUACAUACAGGGCUCCAAAAGAGAUGCAGAUGAUUGAGGAGACCAAACAAAAGAAUCAUCAGAAGACGGAGGAACUGCUCUAUGAGGCAAACAUGAAACAAUUCAGAUGUGCAAAUCCACAGAAGUCUGAACACACCAAGAGAGCGAUGUCUCAGAUUAAGGAGGACUUGGAUUCAAAACUCAAGUUUAAUUCAUUUCAUUCCUCUGGACGACCCUCUAUUAACAAGACCAACAGCUGGCCCAUAAAGCUCAACAGUGCAGCCAUCCUGAGGCAGGGGGCGCUGUAUGAACGUCAGGUGGAGGAGGAGCUGCAAAGAGUGGAGCGUCUCGUGGAGGGGGCACGGGAGCCCUCGUCUUUCCUCCAGUGGCAGAAGGAGAUGCGUGAGAAGGAUCUUCAGGAGGAGCUGGCCAGGAUUGAGCGUAGGCGUCUGGAGGGACGCAUCAGUUAUGAGGAGGCUGCUAUGGCCCGCACACGAAUAAUGGAACGCAACCAGAAGACGGCUCAGCUGAAGAAAGAAGAAACAGCUGAGCUGAUGAGGAGAUAUGCUGAAAAAAGGUUGCAGGAAGAAAAAGAAAUGAGAGACUUGGUGCAACAAGUGGCAGAAGGACACAAGAACUCAAAGGCAGCUAAAGAGAAGUUACAGAAAUUCAAGCAAAGUAUAGUGAAAGAGGUCUCAGAGCAAAGUCGAGAGCUCCUAUGUCAAGCACUGGAGGAAGCACAAGCAGAGCUCAGCAGGAGAUUUGAAAUCAUCAGUGAAAUCCGCGCCAUGGAAUCGCUUCCUCACAUCAGAAUCAGGAAUUUUGACGACACAGAGACUGGAGGCCAUGAACUGCUGGGGGAGAUGUCCCUGGUGGAGCUGAAGGAGCGGCUGGCCCUCCUGAGGGAGGCGCAGCAAACAGAGCAGCAGGAGAAACGGGAGCAGAUCCUGGAGGAGAAGCAGAACAAGAAGCGGCUGCUGAUAGAUCAGCUGGACACCAUCAACCUCCACAUGAGAGCGCUGGCACAGGCCGCUGUCAUCAGGAAAGAGGAGAGGAUCAGCAGGGGUUUUCGGCAGGCGGUGACUCAGGAUGAGACCGUUUUGGCUCUGCAGAAGAAGCUCGAAGAGAAACAACAAGAGCGCCAAAAACUGAAGCAAACUGAAAGGAAGAAGGCCAAAACCCCUGAGCAGACAGCAGCACACACUGUUAGAAACACGCGGACACACAACAAAAAAAGCCUGACGCAGAAAAGCUGGGAGGAAUUGGAGCUGAGCUUAGAGCGUCACAUCCAGAAGGACGCUCCUUAUGUUGUUUCUCAGACAGAAACACUCAAGACAUAA